UUAUGCAAAAUAUGAAGAGUAACGGUCAGACGGCGUCGUUGCAAAGCCCUUUCUCCAGUUCCACUCUCCGAUCGAAAACUUGGCCAAAAAGACAGAAAAGGAUCAAAAAUAGCUUUGCCAGUCUCUGAAUAAUCACUCACUCAAUUUCUCUAUCGCUCGCAGCUUCAUACGCAAGCCAGUCUCUCAAAACGUCAGGUUUUAUUGCGAGUAGAUCAUGUGGACUAACCCUAGAUUUCUUCUUAUGUGAUAUAAAAUGUCUCGAAGAUAUGAUAGCCGCACAACAAUCUUCUCCCCUGAAGGUCGUCUAUACCAAGUAGAGUAUGCAAUGGAGGCCAUUGGAAAUGCAGGAACUGCAAUUGGGAUAUUGUCUAAAGAGGGGGUUGUCUUGGUUGGUGAAAAGAAGGUGACUUCUAAACUUCUUCAGACUUCAACAUCAACUGAGAAGAUGUACAAGAUUGAUGACCAUGUAGCUUGUGCUGUGGCUGGCAUAAUGUCUGAUGCCAACAUCCUUAUCAACAUGGCUAGAGUUCAAGCCCAGCGCUAUACUUAUGCCUACCAGGAGCCAAUGCCUGUUGAACAGCUUGUGCAAUCUCUUUGUGAUACCAAGCAAGGUUACACGCAGUUUGGUGGGCUCCGCCCAUUUGGUGUCUCAUUUCUCUUUGCAGGUUGGGAUAAAAAUUUUGGUUUCCAGCUUUUCAUGAGUGAUCCUAGUGGAAACUAUGGUGGUUGGAAGGCUGCAGCCAUUGGAGCAAACAACCAGGCAGCACAGUCAAUGUUGAAGCAGGACUACAAGGAUGAUAUUACAAGAGAAGAGGCAGUUCAGCUGGCACUAAAGGUGCUCAGCAAGACAAUGGAUAGUACCAGUCUUACUUCUGAUAAGCUUGAAUUGGCUGAGGUCUUCGUCCUCCCCUCUGGAGAAGUGAAGUACCAGGUUCGUUCACCAGACUCCUUGAGCAAGUUAUUAGUGAAGUUUGGAGUGACUCAAGCUCCUGCUGAGGCUUCUUAAGUUACUGCACUUUUAUUUUAGAUGUUGUUUUGAGGAGUAAUUUGGCAUAUGUAUGUCAAAUUAUGUGCUUGAUGCAACUUUUUCCAAAAGAUAUUAUUUGCCUUAAUGGACCAUAUUAAUAUUUAUGCCCGUGUGUUGGACUUGGUGUAUAAGGAUCAUUCUUGUUGAUAUCUAGAUCUGAAGGCAUUUCUGUGGAGCAAAUGGUAUUUCUUAGGCAGUUGCUCUCUUCUUUGAGUUCAUCCUUUAGUUCACUUUGAGAAUUGAGUAAUGUUUUUACUAAUUUACUCGUAUUUUAGCUGCAUUUGGUAAUUUCACUAAAAAUUCCUGUCA